AAAUAUAUUAUAAAAAUGGGUUAUACCGUAUUAGAGGAUUUAAUCGAAAUUGAACCAAUUUCAAAUAGAAAAUAUAAUUCAAAUAUUCACACACUUGUAAAUUUAAGAACUUCACUAAUCAAUACUUUAGAAGCUUCGAAACAUUUUGUAACCCAGAGUGAAUCCUUUGUAGCAUCAACAUUUCUUUUAGCAAGUGAUUUAAAUAGAAUUGGUUUACAAUUCCCAGAUAUUUCCUCAUUGUCAUCAUCAUUAACAACAUUUAAUAAAAAAGUUAAUCAACAAUUACCACAUACAAUUAAAGAAUGUAAAUUUUUAUUAGACUAUUCAAAUGAAAAUCAAAUACCAUUUGAUCACUCUGAAAUAUUUAAAGGAUUAAAACAAGAAAUUGAUAAAUUUUUGGUAGAUUCAAAUUUACAUAGAAAGGAGUUAAAAUCACUUUUAUUAAAAUAUUCAAAAUCAUCAUCAGAAAGUACAAGUGAUAAAAUCGCAAGCACAAUGGCAAAACUUAAUCAAUCAAUUUUCCAAUAUGAAAAGUAUUUAUAUUCACUCGAAACUGAACUAUCCGAAUUUUGUAUUAGAAAACAUGAUUAUUUAUUUCACCUUUCCAAAAAUAUAAUAAGUUUACAUCAACUAAUUCAUAGUGGUAAAAAAGCAGAUGCUUCAAAUCAACAAGAUUUAAAACCAACUUUGUUUUUAAAUAAUAGUAAUUUAAAUUACAACAAUAAUGUUAUAAAUAGUAAUAGUUUACCACCACAAACAUUCAAAGAUAUAUUAGAUAACCCAUUUUAUUUAAAAGCAUUUAGAAUUUUUGCAGAAAAACAGCAUUGCUUAGAAAAUUUAUUAUUUUGGCUUGAUGCAAAUACAAUUAAAGAUUUAGAAGCUGAUCAGUACCCAAGAAAUAAAGUUAGAAAUCUAUAUUUAAAUAUGUAUAAUAAUUAUAUUCAAAAAGAUUGUCAAUAUGAAAUUAAUAUUGAUUCAGAAUCAAAACUAUCCAUUGAUAAUAGAAAAAAAGAAAUUGAAGAGGAUUCACCAUUUUAUCCAAGUUUACAAUUAGCAGUUGAUAAUGUUUAUCAAAUUUUAAAUCUAUCAAUGUUCCCAUUAUUUUUAAGCAGUUCACUUUAUCAGUCAGCAACAAUGUUAAAUAAACCACCUCCACAAGAUAAUAUAUUGAAUAUGGAAAGUAGAGGAAUUUUUCAUUGUAUCAAUUCAAUAGAAUCAUUACUUCGUAAUCCAAUUACAAUCGAAUACUUUUUAUUAUUCCUCAAACAAAACUGCAUACAUCCAACUACUCCACCAACUCUUAUGAGCCAUAGCGGAAGUAGUAGUAAUUUAUCAUCAAUGUUGGGUGGCUCAUCCGGUUCAUCAUCUUCAUCCUCUACUCCAAACAAUUCACAAUCUCCAAGAUCAGUAUCGCCAUCCACUUCUUUUUCUAGUCUAGGUUUAGUUCCACCAAUAACAAUUUCACUUUCUCCAAGGUUAGCCCCAUUAAUCUCACCAUUCUCUUUAAAUCAAAACACACAUAAUGAAAUUGUAAAUAUGAUUUAUUUCUAUUUGGAGAUCUCCAAAUUCAAAGACCUCACAGAAGACCAAUUAGACACAUAUGCCAUCGAAAUCUAUGAUAACUUUUUAAAACCAGGUUGCGAUAAACAAAUUACCUCAAUUUCAUAUCAUCAAGUUCAAGAUAUGAUCUCUAGCAAAAGUGUAACCAAAGAUAUGUUCAAAAACGCUUGUCAAGAUAUCCUCCUUCAUAUAGCCAAUAAUUAUUUUCAACCAUUUUUAAAUAGUAAUCUCUGUAAAGAAAUGUUACAACGUGAAGAAAAGAUGAAAAAAUAUAUUGACCGUGAAGAAAAGAAAACCAAACAAGAUUCUAAACUAGAUCAACAAUUUGAAUAUAUUUUAAAAGAAAAGUUUAAAUUAAUUUUACCAUCAACUAAAAAUUCAACAUCCUCAACAACAUCUAGUGGCAUUAGUUUAAGUACUAGUGGCGGAAGUAGUGGCGGUUUAUCAAUUAGUGGUGGUAGUAAUAGUGGGGGUAGUAGUAUAACAAAUACAAAUACAAAUAGUAGUAAUAGUAAAAGCCACAGCAAAUCAAAUAGUAGUAGUAGCAGUAAUUAUUUAUCACCAAAUUUAAUAUCAAACUCAUCCUCAUCCUCAUCAUCAACUACAGAUAAAAUAAAAAGUAUAUUUUCACCAUCAUUUGUAAAUUUAUCAUUAAUUGGAGGUAAUGGCUCAUCAUCAAAUUCAAGUAUACCACAAUCACCAUCAUUGGCAUCAGGUACAGUUUCACCAAGAAAUGAUGAUCUUCAUUAUUUAGGUCAAGGCCCACCAUCACCACAUAUUUUAGAUGAACCAAAUGAAAUUUUAAAUUUCAUUCUUACCGAUAAUCAAUGGCUUGAUGCAUUCAAGAAAUUUGUUAAAAAUGAAAAAUCAGAAGAAAUUUUGUUAUUUUGGUUAGAAGUCGAUUCAUUCCUAAAGAAAAAAGAUAAAAAUGUUAGAAUGGUCCAAAAUAUUUAUGAAACCUUUGUUUGUGAUGGCUCUCCAUUAGAAGUUAAUAUAGAAUACGAAAUUAGAACUCAAAUAAGAACUGCAAUCAGACAAUCAUCCUAUCAAUAUAAUGAUGGAAUCGAAGAAGCCCUCAAAGCUGCCUCUCAAUCUGUUUUAGAAAUGAUUAGAGUGGGAUCUUAUAAAAACUUUUUAAAAUCACCUUUAUUCAAAGAAUACUCCUCAUCUUUGGGUGAUCCAUAUAAAAAAUCAAGAAAAAUUAAUAAUUCAAAAUAAUAAAAACUAUAUUAUUUUAAAACAAAUUUAAAAAAAAUAGUAAUAUUACAAUCCAUUUUAUGUAUUUAUAAACAAUAAUAAAAAAUCUUUUAAACUUUUUUUUAUAAAU